AUGGAAGAUGACGAUAGAAAACUGGUUGUGGUCACUCGUAGCGGCAAAGUGGAAAUUGGUAAUGUGAUGGGAAAUGAAGAUACUCAACAGCAUGAAGAAGAUAAGGGGAUAGAGGAACAGCAGUCACUCAUCCAUCAAAACUUUGCCAAAGAACCUCAUAAAGAAGUGGAACAACAGGUUCACAUUCCAAAGGUUAUGCAACCUUUACCCAAAAUACAUCCACCAUUUCCCCAACGCUUGAAGAAGAAUGAGGAUGAGAGGGUCAAGAAGUUUCUGUCAGUGCUCAAGACACUAUCAAUCAACCUCCCCCUUGUGGAAGCGUUAUUGGAAAUGCUGGGAUAUGCCAAGUUCAUGAAAGAUCUAGUCACCAAGAAAAGGAGCUUGGAUUUUGAGACAAUUGAAGUUUCAUAUAGUUGCAGUGCAAUUAUGUCCAAGGAGCUGAUCAAAAAGAGAGAAUAUCCCGGCGCAUUCACCAUCCUUUGCACCAUAGGCGUGCUCCAAUUCGCUAAAGCUUUAUGCAAUUUGGGAGCAAGCAUCAACUUAAUGCCUUAUGAAAUAUACAAACAACUUGGGUUGGGUGAGCCGAAAGAAACCACUAUAAGACUUCUGAUGGCAGACCGUUCAAUCAAACAUCCUGUGGGGAUACUUUAUGACAUUUUGGUAAAGGUCGAUCGGUUCAUCUUUUCGGCUGAUUUUGUGAUUUUAGAUUGUGAAAUAGAUGCCGAAAUUCCCAUUAUUUUGGUAAGGCCAUUCUUGGCAACCGGGAGAGCAUUGGUGGAUGUUAAGAGUGGAGAAUUGAGGUUUUGGGUGAACGAAGAUGCAGUAACCUUUAACAUUUGUAAAUCCAUGAAACACCCAAGUGAUAUUAAUGUGGUGUCUACUGAUGAUGUUAUUGAUAAGGCGGUAGCUAGUGUAAGACAUUUGAUAUGCAUGAACGAACCUCUUGAAGCCGUACUUGCUAAUUAUGAUGAAUCUGAAGUUCAGGGUUAUGAGGAAGUAGUAGCUGCCUUGUCGGGAUUAGGAGGUUAUACAAAGACCCCAAUCAAGUUGGAUAUCGACCCAAAAAAUAGAGAGAGUCCUCUCGCAAAACCAUCAACAGAAGAACCACCUAAUCUGGAAUUGAAAGCUCUCCCAUCUCAUCUCCGAUAUGUCUUUUUAGGGGAAAAUAACACUCUACCGGUGAUCAUCGCAGCUGACUUGCUUGAAUGGCAAAUUCAACUUGAUAGUGAGUGUAAGCCUAGUGUUGAGCAUCAGCGAAGAUUGAAUCCACCAAUGCAAGAAGUGGUAAAAAAGGAGAUCAUCAAGUGGUUGGACGCAUUUGUUAUCUAUCCUAUUGCGAAUAGCAAAUGGGUAAGCUCGGUGCAAUGUGUACCAAAAAAGGGAGGUAUCACCGUAGUCCCAAAUGCAAAGGGGGAACUUGUGCCAACUAGACCAGUGAUCGGGUGGAGAGAAGGCAUAGUUCUCGGGCACAAAAUGUCACAAAAGGGAUUGGAAGUCGAUAAGGAAAAAAUAGAGGUAAUUGAGAAACUGCCUCCGCCGAUUUCAGUGAAGGGUAUUCACAGCUUCUUGGGACAUGCCGGAUUCUACAGGAGCUUGAGAGAGAAAUUGGUAUCCACUCCGGUCAUUAUUAGCCCUGAUUGGUUUGAAUCCUUCGAAGUGAUAUGUGAUGCUAGUGGCUUGGCAUUGGGUCAAAAACGUAACAAACUUUUCCACCCAAUUUAUUAUGCAAGCAAAACUCUAAAUAGUGCUCAACGAAACUAUAUAGUCACUGAGCCAGAAUUGCUUAUGGUCGUCUAUGCAUAUGAGAAAUUCCGAGCAUACUUGCUAGGUACUACAGCAAUCGUUCACACUGAUCACGCUGCACUCCAUUACUUGAUGGCAAAGAAAGAUGCAAAACCUAGGUUCAUAAGGUGGGUGCUAUUAUUACAAGAAUUUGACUUUGAGGUCAAAGAUAGAAGAGGUUGCAAAAAUCAGGUAUUUGCAGUCUCUCUUAAACAAAAUCCCUGGUAUGCAGAUUUCGCAAAUUACAUUGUGUGCGGAAUACUUCCCGAUGAGAUGAACUUCUACCAACAAAAAAGGUUCAUGUUCGAUGAACUUCCGGAUGAGAUGAACUUCUAUCCCUUACAUCAUCUCCGACUGCUUUCCCUGAGAGUGUUUCAGAAGCAUAAGUGA